AUGCCAUCAUCACGUGAUGCUAAUAGAUUGAUCGGGGAUUCCCCGAGCGUCAUCGGUAGUUUUUUUGCUACAAAAUCUGGGGAAUUUUUGGCCCAAAAUAGGCGCUGACAUCACAAUAAUUUUCCGAAAUCGUGGAAGCCAUAUAGUCUCGGGAUGGCUGAAACUUCAGACCCCAGCCUACUGGAUGACGUUUGUCCCAGCAUGCCACUGGAGACGAUGCUAAAGCUCUUAGAACAGCCAGCAUCCCACAGUCCCAUGGACGAGACACAGAGGGCUGUUAUGGAGGUUAUGGACAGAGACAAUACUGCUGUCAUGGAGGUGUUGAAUAGAGACCCUACAGAGGGGGCUAUUCCUGUAGUUGUUAAUGGAGAUCCGGACACGUCAAUGGCGGGGGUUCUGAACAGUGAUGAUCAAGUAGCCGUGAUGGACGUACUGAACAGGGACCCAUAUGCCGAGGAAGUGACUGUUGUACUGGAGACAAAAACAAACUUUCCACCUGUAGAAGAAACAAGCAAAACUGUUGUAAUACUGGACUCUGUGAACAAUGAUUCUAUAAACAUCAGUGGAUCACAGCUACCCAUGGACUGGGACACAUUUCAAGAACUCGAGGAAAUCAUAAAGAAGGAUGAAAUGCUGUUAUCCACAACUGUGAAGCAGGAGCAGCCAGAGCUCAAGGACUUGGCAGCUUGUAGAUUUCGGGAAGUGAAGGACAAGAAACCACCUGUUAUUGAGAUCAUCGAGCAGCCCAAGGCCCGGAGCCUGCGCUUUCGCUACGAGUGUGAGGGACGGUCGGCGGGCAGCAUCCUGGGCGAGAACUCCUCACCUGAGAACAGAACAUACCCAUCCAUACGGCUGCUAAACUGCAGUGGUCCUGCCAUGAUCCUGGUUUCCUUGGUAACCAAGGAUGACCCGCCUAAGCCCCACCCACACAGCCUUGUGGGUAAAGGCUGCAUUCACGGCAUCUGUAAAAUCAAUGUUCCUGACUGCAGGGCACCAAUCAGCUUCCCCAACCUGGGGAUCCAGUGUGUGAAGAGGAAGGAGAUUACCCAGGCUCUGGCUCAGAGGUUACGUCUGGGGAUCGACCCUUUCCACACGUACAACAGACACAAGGGGAAGAUGGAUGAGGUGGACCUGAACACGGUGCGGCUGUGUUUCCAGGCCUUCCUCCCUGACCCCCAGACUGGACAGUGUACUGUCUCAGUCCACCCCAGGGUGUCUACUCCCAUCCACGACAAGAAAGCCCCCGGAGCAGCUGAGCUGAGAAUAUGUAAGAUGAACAAAGUGUCGGGUCCUGUGACCGGAGGGGAUGAGGUUACCCUGUUGUGCGACAAAGUUCAGAGAGAUGACAUUGAAGUGAUCUUCACAGCCAAGCCCAUGGGAAUCAAGUGGGAGUCCAGGGGAGACUUCUCACCUACUGAGGUGCACAGACAGGUUGCCAUUGUUUUCAAGGCUCCUGCAUACUUUAACCUGACCAUAAGGGAGCCAGUCAGAGUGCAGGUGCGACUGAGACGUCCGUCUGAUGGGGAGGAAAGUGAGCCGUUUGACUGGAUGUACACUCCAGUGGACAAAGAUGAACACAGUGUUGAGUCUAAGAGACGUAAGAAGAUGCCAGACUUUGCCAAGUUCCUGAACAUCCCUCCCAGCAGUGGGGCUACAGCAGGGCCAGCUCACACACACCGGAUGGCAAGGUCCAACUUGAGAGGCCUUACCAUGGAGUCACUACAGACACACCCAUCCCCAGCAGCAGCAGCUGCAGCACCACCUGUGUCUGAGGAUGUUAGACAGCUGUUACGCAGGAAAGUCCAGGGUCAAGGUCAAGGAGGAUCACAGCAGCUGUUUAUGCCUCCCAUGCAGACUGGACAGCUCAAGCAAGAUCAAGACUUGCCCUCCUGUGCAUUUGCCACCUCAAGUCAGCUUCCCUCCCAGCCAGGCCUGGCAGCUGCUAGCUCUGGUGCCUCUGCCAUGAGAGCCGCUCCCCCAGCCUACCCACCAUCCUCCCAGCCAGCCUACCCUCCCCAGUUCUCAGGGGUUAGCUUCAGUGGGCUGAUGCAGGCCACUAAGUCUAACAUCCCCCUGGCUUCCAGAGUGGACCCUACAGGUACAGUAUACAACCCCGCAGCCUUCAUCAGCAGGGGUGGGAGGAAGUCUGCCAAAACUGCAGCGUCUGGGACAGCUCAAAAACAGAAGCCGCCACCAACCACAGCUGCCUCUGCCUCUGCCUCAGGUGACAAGAACAACUUCACAACAACAGACCUGUCAUCCCUGGGACUCACCUUCACACAGGUAGAGGUAAAGAAACCAGACCCACAGUCAGGGGUACAGCCAGAGGUUUACCUGGAACCAUACCAGGGUGGGGAUGAGCUGUUAAACUCCAUAGAUAUCAGCUCGCUGGAGCUGGGGUCUGAGGUCACCAUUGAUGCCAACACUCAUGCUGACCUUAAUGAGCUACUAGAGAUGGUCAAACAGGACAAAGAGGAGUGAGAAGUACCAAUAGUGGUCUUUAGAGAUGACCAGUCAGGUUUCAAUAUAACUUUAGGGCUUAUUCUGUUUUUAACAAAAUUGUCAAUUCUGUUUGGUCUGUGAUAGCUAGUUAGAUUGCGUUUGGAAAUGCACAAGGUAGUUUGCAUGAUGUUGUAAUAAAUACUUCAUACUAAGGCAGCUAUUUAGAAUCAGGAGCUCUUUGGUAUGAUAGCAUUUUUCCAUGUGUAGCAUAUGUGAGCCAAUAUGUAUUAUGAUACUGAUAAGUGUGUAAACAUUAGUACCAUGUUUGAAAUGUAUGUACAUACAGUUUUAUAAAUUUGCACAUUAAAUAUGACAUUUAGUGUUGAAGUGCCUUUUGUUUUGCAUGGACAUUUACUUUUUUCUCAUCUAGAUAUCUAAUGUUGAAUACUUCAGUUUUUAAGUUUUGAUAUGUAAACUUAAGCUGUAAUUGAGAAAUUUAUGAUUCUGACAAUGAUUAACAUUGGAUAUCUGAGCAUGGAUUUCAACAUUCCAUUUCAUAUUUUAUGCUAUGGUUGUUGCUGUUAAAUACAAUGGUAUAUACGUAAGAGUGUGAAAGCCAAGCUUUCUUUUGUAAAAAGUGUAAAUAUUGUGGCUAUACUUGCUUGUACAUGCCAGGUCAUGACUGGCAUUGCUGGCAAACUGGCCAGGGUACAGUCAUCAAUGUCACCGGCCACUGUGGUUACAUAUAUCCACUGAUGUCAAAAUGGUAUCAUACUAUAUUAACAUAAUUAAGACUACAUUCAUUCUGACUGCAUACACAUUGCAGAAAUAUUCCUCUGCUUGCAAUUGGUAUGAAUUUUUUUUUCAGUCAGUCAGAGCAUCUGUCUUGAAAACAUGUCUUUUAUGGAUGACAUGUAGAAAGUAACAUGAAAAUGGACCAACUAGAACCUUGUUUGACCAUGAUUGUGUGGCAGGGGGAGGGUGUUUUUUUAGUAAUGUGGCUUCUGCUGGUAAUGGAGACAAUCUGUACAGAAUGUGCCUGAUUAAUUAUGCAGACUUGGAUAAAGGAAGGUAGGAGAUAAGCUGAUGCUGGUGAUACAUGUACCUACAGUAGUAGCAAAAUGAUGAUUCUACAUGUAUUAGAAAGAUAAAGUGGCUAAAAAUAGCCUCAUUUUAAGACAUAUUUAUUUUUGCAAAUACUAUAUACAGAUGCAUUAUCAAUGGUAAUUUCUGUGUUUUAGAUACAUGUACUUUUAUGAGUGCUGUUUGAGCCUUCAGCCUGCUUCAGGAACAAUAUUACUGACUACAGAUUGAAGAACAAUUUGCCGUUAGUUUGUUGUUGUGGUUGUAUAUGUAUAAAAAGAUCAAUGUGUAUUAAAACUGAGAGUGA